AUGCCUCCUCAGAUCAAACAUGACCUCAACCGCUCCGGCUGGGAGUCCACAGACUUCCCGUCCGUCUGCGAAAACUGUCUCCCCGAAAACCCUUAUGUACAGAUGAUUAAGGAAGAUCAUGGCGCCGAGUGCAAGAUCUGUACUCGACCCUUUACUAUAUUCCGUUGGAAAGCCGAUCGGACUUCCCGACAAAAGUGCACAAAUAUUUGUCUGACUUGCGCCCGUCUGAAGAACUGCUGCCAAUGCUGCAUGCUCGAUCUUUCCUUCGGCUUACCGAUCGCUGUCCGUGAUGCAGCUUUGAAAAUGGUCGCGCCUGGCCCGGAAAGCGGUAUUAACCGUGAAUACUACGCGCAAAACCACGAAAAGGAGAUUGAAGAGGGAAUCGGUGCGGUGGAGGAAUACGAGAAGACCGAUGAUAAGGCCCGCGAGCUGCUGCGCCGCCUGGCAAAUAGUGAACCUUACCACAAGAGGGCUCGUCGUAUUGAAGGAGCAGCACCAGCUGAAGGAAACCAGCAAGGAGAAGCUUCUAGCUCUGCAGACCAACCCCGCACACACAGCCAGUAUGGAAAUGCGCCAGGUCCUGUUCGCACAAGUGAGAGUCGACUUGGGAAUCGCCUGCCUGGUCGGGGAGGUGGUGCUGGACGCGGAGGCCGUGGUGGCGCUCGUGGUGGACGCCCAUUCCCUAGUACUGCGCAUCUACCCCCAUCCGCCGAAGAUAUCAACCCGCCCGCAGACCCGAAUGUCACAUCGCUUUUCGUGACUGGAGUGGAAGAUGAUCUCCCGGAAAAUGUGAUUCGCACUUUCUUCGCUAAGUUCGGAACGCUUCGCUCGCUCGUCUGCUCUCAUCGCUCCCACUGUGCUUUUAUUAACUUUGUCAACCGUGCUGAUGCCGAGAAGGCGGCGCUGGAAUGCCAAGGUAAAGCUGUUGUUCAAGGUUGUCCAUUGCGGAUUCGCUGGGGCAAGCCCAAGCCGCUUGAUAAUAUGGAUCGCGAGGAGCGUAUUCGGAAUGCCCGGGAAGGUCGUCAAGCUGCGGGCCCUGCUAAGGGCAACCGGUUUGAUAAGAAGGCUAUCACCGCGCCGGAUGCUGGAGACAAGCAACCUAAGACGAAUGAUUUCGCUGUGGCUCCACCCCCAGGCUCUGGAUCUGUUCAGUAUGCUAGCAUGUCGGGAGAUUAA